AUGGAUUAUUCGAAUAAUAAGAAAAGCGUCAAGACAAUGAACCAACAUGAGAACAAAGAUAGUAGCGAAUACAACGAGAAUUACUAUAAGAAACAAUACAAUAUAAAGAAUAGAAAGAAUGAAGAAAUAAAAGCUGGAUCAAAUUUAUCAACCAAUAAUGAUGUAUUACAAUUGCCUAGUGUGUUACAUAAUCAUAUACGUAUUGUAAGAACAAAUGAUAGUUGUUUUAAAGAUUAUAUUGUAUUAAGUAAUUUAGGAAAAGGGACAUAUGCUCAAGUAUGGAAAGUGAAACAUAAAAUAACAAAUGAAAUAUAUGCAGCUAAAUUAUUACAACCUAAUCAGUUUCCAAAAGAAUCAUUUAAUAGAAUUGUAGAAAUGUUUACUAAAGAAAUAAUAAAUUUGUCCAUAUGUCAAUGUCCUGGUGUUAUUAAAUUACAUAAGGUUAUAGGAGGAAAAGAAGGAUGGAUAUUAAUACAAGAUUUUGCAAAUGAUGGUACGUUAUGGAAAGAAAAUUUAUCUAGUAAUAUGAAUGAAGCAUUUUUAUAUUUUAUUCAGUUAUUACAAGGUAUGUGGUAUAUACAAGAUAUGAAUAUUGUUCAUCGUGAUCUAAAACCUACAAAUAUAUUAAGAUAUGAUAAUAAACGUAUUGUAAUAGCAGAUUUUGGAUGGUCAGAACAUAUUGAUUCAUGUAAUUUACAUCCAACUGAAUGGCCAGGAACAUUAGAAAUUAACCCUCCUGAAGUUUUAAGAAAUACUGGUCCUAUGACUGAAAAAAUUGAUAAUUAUGCCUUAGGUAUGAAUAUGAUAUUAUUUAUAUCUGGAAGAUUUGUAUGCAGACAAAAAGGAAUAGAAUGUUCAAAGGUAGCACAAACUAUUUUAAAGACAGUUCAUAAUUUAAGACAUUCUAAACCUCCUAGUAGAUUCAGAGAAAAUCUAAAAGCAUGGGAUUUAUUCGUUAAAUUAACAUCAUCAAAUCCAAUAGAAAGACUUAGCUUACAAAAUGUUUUAGAUCAUCCAUGGGUGACAGAAAUGUUGAAUAAUUUUAGUUUGCAAAAUUCAAGAUUUUUAUGGCAUGAGAAAGUUAAGAGUAGAUGGAUAUAUUUAUUAUCAAAUAAUUGGGACUUUUUUAAAAACAUAUCUUCCAUCUCAUCCAACAAUAAUAAUAUCAAUAAUAAUAUCAAUAAUAUCAAUAAUAUCAAUAAUAAUAAUAGCAAUAAUAAUAACAAUAAUAAUAACAAUAAUAAUAACAGUAGCGGUAACACAAAAAUUAUAGGCAAAUAUAACGAUAUUGAAAAUCAACAUAACUUUUCUUCAUCUAGCACAAAGAAUAAUAAAAACACCCUCAUCAUAGACAAUGAAAAAAAUAAUAAGGAGAAGACUAACAAGUAUUCACGCUCAUGUCUCAAAAAUGAUUACGAGUUACUCUUUUAUAUGAUGAAGAAUAAUUUUAAAGGCAAAAUUAAUUGCUGCUCAGUCAAAAAAAAUGAAAUAAACAAAAUGGAAAAUAUAGAAGAAAAUAAAAAUGGGGAUGGUAAGGAUAAACAUGAGGCCAAGAAAAAUAUAGAAAAUAUGGAAAAUAUGGAAAAUGUGGAAAAUGUGGAAUAUAUGAAAAAUAUGAAAAAUAUGGACAAUAUAAAAAUGCAUGACCAAAACAAUGUGGAUAAAAACAAAUAUCACAAUAAUGUUGAUGAAGAUACAUAUGAUAAUAGAUAUGAUAAUAGAUAUGAUAAUACAUAUGAUAAGGAUGAGGUUAACAAUAUGGAUAACCAUAAAAAUAAUAGCAAUAUUAAAUUUGAUGAUAUACAAAUUAAUAGAAAUAAAAAUAGGAGAGAUCAAUAUCUUCCUUAUAAUAAUGAUAAAGAGAUACAACGCAUUAUUACAAAAAAUAAGGAAUAUAAUAACAGUAAGAAUUAUAUAGAUCAAUUUGAAACAAAAAAAAAUACAACUGUUCCAAAAAAAAAUCAUAUGGUAAAUAUAGCAAGUACCACAACUCAUGAGACAAAUAAAGAAGAAUACAAAAUGAAUCGACAAAUUGGAGUACUUCCUAAAGGUUAUUACGACCACAACAAUAAUAAUAUAAAUAAUAUAAAUAAUAUAAAUAAUAUAAAUAUUAAUAAUAUAAAUAAUAAUAAUAAUAAUAAUAUAAAUAAUAAUAAUAUCCUUUAUCAUAAUCGAAGACAUGCACAUAAAGACCAUAUUGUAGUCAACUCAAAUAAUUGCAAUGGAAAUUAUAAAAAUAAUCGAACAGAAGAACAUAAAGAAGUUUUUAUCAUCAGCGAUAGUUUUGAAGAAAAUGAUAAGAGCACAUAUGACAAAAAUAAAAAUAAUAAAAAGAAAAAAAAUACUAAAAAAUAUGAUCCUAUAAACAAAAAAAAUACGGAUCAUAGAAAAGAUAUGAUGAUGCAAUUUAAUAAUCAGGAAGAUGUAAAUAGCUAUUACAAUAAAUACAAAACUCUGAAUGAAAAAAUAUUUUAUAACAAAAAUGAAUUACUUAUACAUAAUAAUAAUAAUAAUAGUAAUAAUAGUAAUAUUAAUAAGGAUAUAUAUAAUGUCAAUGAAAAUAUCAAUAUGUGUAACACAAAUGAAGAUUCUGGUGAGAGCAUCAGACAUGCAAAAGGAAACUAUUUUGACAAACAAGCUAGCAGAAGGACAUACGGUCAGAUAUAUGAUGAUAAUAAAUAUUUUGAAGAAGGAAAGAUGAAUCUUGAUACCUACAAAAAGGAUAAGCAUACUAUCAGUGACAAUAAAAAUGUUGAAAGUGAUAGUAAUAUGGAAAAUGAAGAAGAUGUAUAUAAUGAUGAUGAAGAGGAAGAUGUAGAAGAAGAGGUGGAGGAUGACGAGGAAGAAGAAGAGGAAGAAGAAAAUGAAAACAAAAUUGAUCAUAAUAAUGAAAAUAUAGAUAAUGAAAAUAUAGAUAAUGAAGAUGAGGACGAAAAUGACGACGACGAAGAUGAAGAAGAAGAGGAAGAGGACGAUGAAGAUGACGAUGAAGAAGACGAAGAAGAUAACGACGAUGACAGUGAUGAUGAUGACGAUGACGAUAAUAAUAACAAUGAUGAUAAUAAUAGAGGAAAAAAAAAUAGUGAUAGACAUAUAUAUAACUAUCAUAAUUAUAUUACCUAUUUAAAAAAAAACAAACAUAUGAAUGACAAAACAAAUGGAGAUAUGAAAAACGUACGAGAUAAAUCUUCAAGUAUUACAGAUACAGAUGAUUUUAUGCAUUAUAAUCAAAAAAAAUAUAAUUCUUUAUUCUUAUGUGAUAUAGAAAAUAUGAAAAAUAUUUUGAAAAAUUAUAAAAAGGAUAUGCAUGAAACAAAAGAAAUACUAACCAAAAAGACAUUCAAAAUGAGAGAUAUGAUGAGGAAUAAGGAUAAAGAAGAAAAUAGUAUUAAGACAAAUGACACAUCUAAAAAGGAUACAUAUACAAGUGAUAUUAUUAUAAAUCACAUUUUAAAUAAUAAUAGAAAGGAUGUGGGAAAAGAUGAAAGAAAUAAAAGUGAAAAUAAUUAUAUAAUAAAAGAUGAAGGAAAAAAAUGUACAGACAUAAAAAAGGAUGAACAUUUAUAUAAAUAUCAUUAUGAAUGUGAUAAGAUGGAUAAAAAGAGUCAUUAUCAAGUUGAUAUAAAUAAUAAAGAGGACAAGAAAAAUAUUUUGUCAGGAAAAAAUAUAAAUGUGGAAGAUAUUAAUUUUAGGUGGCAUCAGGAUAAAACCAUAUUAUCAUCACAAACAAAUGAUGGUAAUAUGUUAAGAGAGAAUAAGGAUUCAAAAAUGGUAGAUGCGGUUCACAAUAAGAAUAAUGUAGAUGUAGAAAAUAAAUAUAUAAAUAUUUAUAAUAAUAAAAACAAUAUAAGUAGGGACCUUUUUUCAAAAAAAAAUGAUAAAAAUAUGAGCCAAUAUAUUAAUAAAUAUGAAGAGGAAUAUAAUAUUUUUCUAGACCGCUUAAAUUUAAAAAAAAAAUAUAAAAAUAUAAAUAUAAAUAAAAAUAAUAACACAAAGAAUAAUACUAAUGAUACAAAUAAAAUUAUUGAUAACGAAAUAAAUAUAAAAAAUGAUGAUAAGAAAAAUACUUUGCCGAGGCUAUUAUUAAAAAUAAAUAAAAUAUUAGAUGACAAUAAUGUAAAUUAUAAAAAAGAAAAGAAUGAAAGAAAUAUAGGAAAUAAAUAUUAUGAUGAUAUAAAUAACACGAAUAUGUUUCAUAAUAAAAAUAUUACACAUGAUGUGGUUGAAUCUGAAAAAAAAUCCAUCUACAACAAUUACAAUGACAAAUAUAAUAAUUCUUCAUAUGGUAGUACAUAUAAAAAAGUUGAUCAUAAGAUGCAGUUAAAGCAUAAUGGAGACUUUUUUUUUGAGAAAGAUUCUUUUAGAUCUGACAAGCGUUUGAUCUUUAAAAAGAAGAGUGGUUAUGAUAAUUUGAAGGAGAACAAAUUAAAUAAUUUAAUAGAAAAAAGAAGAGAUACAUAUAAAAAUGAUACUAUGAACAUCUUAAAUAAGAAGGAAGAAGGAGUAGCAGAUGUGUUUAAAGAACAGAAUUUAUAUAAACACACUGAUAAAAAGGUAGAUGUAGAAAUAUAUAGAAACGAAAAAAACAAUUCAUUAGAUAUUAGCAAUAAUAUUAUAAUUAACAAUUUUAUGAAUAAUACUUAUGAUGAUAAAAAUAAUAGUAAUGAAAAAAGAACAGACAGUCCUAUGAAAUAUUAUAUGGAUACACUAAACUAUUGUGACAAUAAAAAUAUGUUGGAAGUAUAUAAGAAUAAACAAAAGGUUUUAAUUAUGAAUAAAGAUAAUAAGAAAAAAUAUGGCUUUUACAAUUAUGAUAUGAAUAAUAAUGAUGAUAUAUCUACAAAUGGGUAUUUCAAAAAAAAUCAAAGAGGUCAAAAGUAUAACUAUCAUAGGGGUGUAGAUGUAUAUGAAGAGGAAGAUGAAGUUAAAGAUGUACAGAUUAUUACAAUUGAAGAAAAUACAAAAAAUAAAAUUAAUAACAUUUUAAUAAAUACAAAAGAUAAAAAGAUAAAUGAUGUCAAAGGGAAUAUGUUAGAUAGUGUGAGCACUGGAUAUGAAAAUAUAUUUAUUGAUAAAAAAAAGAAUGAUGAUACUAAAAAAAAUAUAGCAGCAUAUAAUAUACAUACCUAUGAUCACAAUAAUAAUGAUGAUGAUGAUGAAUCGAUAAAAUAUGAGAUAAAGGAAGAUACACACAAAAAAAAUAAUAUUAAUAAUUUUAUUAAUCAUGAUAAUUUGAAUGGACAUGAUAAGAAUUCUUUUUCUUCCACAAACAUGGAAGAAUCAAAAAUAUAUGAUAAUACAAAAUAUGAUCCACAUGCAUCUUUGUGUUCAUAUAAAAAAGAUCAAGAAGAUGAUAAAAUAUUGGAAGAAUUAAUAAAUGGAGAAAGCAUAGAUACAAAUACAACAUUUGUUGAUAAAAAUUAUAAUAAUGAAAAUAAGCAGUGUGUUUAUUAUUCUAUUAAUAAUAAUAUAAAGGUCUCAAAUAAGUCUUCAUCUAUAACUUUAGAUGAUAGUAUAAAAGAAAGUUCUGUGAAAAAUUCAAGCUGUUCAACAUUUGAUUAUAGUGAUGUAGAGGUUCAAUAUUUUUCAAACAAGGAAAAUAUCGUAGAUUCUUAUAAUACUGAAUAUAAAUAUGCAGUCAGAGAAGUAGGACAAGUAUCUAAAUACAAAAAAAUAAAUCAAAUAAAACAAAAUGAGGAUGAACAUAAUAAUAUGGAAAGGAAAAAAAGUGAGGAACAUAUAAAGAAUUUCAAUUUGAAAAAUAAGGGCAUUUUCUUAAAAAUGCAAGACAUAUAA